AUCACAAAUCAUCAUCUGUCAGAAUAUUUUUGGUCCGUACUGAAGUGCACGAUACAUUUCCUUGUGCUCGCGAGUUUGGCCACAAAUAACAUACGGGGAUUAGAGCAAUUAUUAAAAUAACCCGGAAAAUAACAUAACAUGAGUGACGAUUACCUAAGCAAACCUCUUUCAUUUGGUUCUUCACCAGCAUUUCCAUCUCAGCAAAUUCAACCUCUUUCACCUUAUCUGAAUUACGAUGCUCGUUACCUACAAUCUCAGCCAGAGUUCAUAUUUCCGGAAGGCGCGUCCAAACAACGGGGCCGUUUUGAACUGGCAUUUUCACAGAUCGGGUCUUCUGCUAUGAUAGGCGCUGGGAUUGGCGGUGUCGCUGGGUUAUACAACGGAAUGCGGGCCACUGCGUUAGCAAAUCAGACCGGAAAGCUACGACGAACACAGCUUCUUAACCACGUUAUGAAACAAGGGGCUGCAACUGCAAACACCCUCGGUACGGUGGCCGUCAUGUACUCAGCUUUCGGUGUGCUGCUUCAAUGGAUGCGCGGCGAGGAUGACGAAAUAAACACGAUAGCGGCAGGAGGCGCAACUGGUUUGCUUUACAAGUCAACCGCAGGAUUAAGAAAAUGUGCCAUCGGAGGAGGUAUCGGCUUAGCCCUAAGCUCGCUAUAUGUCCUGUGGGGUAUUACCGGUGGCAGCUCGAAAAAGUUAAGAGAACUUAAAUCGCAGUACUUGUAAUUAAGAGACGACUACCAUUAGGGUAAUUACUUUAAAUGUUAUGCAAAAUCUAGGUUUGCUAUGUAAAUCCAAAUAUCAACAUUGAUUGAAGUUGAUUCUUUUUUUCUCAACUAAGCCGGCAGACAAGAAUAAAAAUAGGUGCAUUGACAUAAGUUUCGUUAUGUAUGUUGAAACACUUAUUACCUUUUUUACACUUUUCAAUUUGCGAUUCGAUCAAUAAAUUAGAAAUGUAUGCUGAA